AGUAGUCAGGCGGUAGCUUCCAAAUUGGAUGAUUGAAAUGUCUUCAGGCAAGUGGAGGCUUCGCUGAUCUUGAUAGUUGAGACGCUGUCAUCCAUUCAAAGAUCGCUGACCGCGGUUCACGCUGACGUGGCUGCUGAUCGUCUCGGUCAAAAACCGGAGACUUCAAACUCGUCGUUUGUCUCGUCGCCGAUGAUAUAUAGCACCGCGGGCGUUCCAGGCUGAUCACGAUUUAGUGAAGGAGAUGGAUACACCGGCACCGGCCACGGCAGCGGCGGAGGCUCCGGCCCCGGCACCGCCACCGCCAGUAACGGCGGUGGUGAACGCGCGGUUCUGCGCGCCGGAGGCCACGGCGUUCGCAUUGACCAAGACGAUCAGCUACACGGGGCGCGACUUCACCGUCACGGACGCCGCCGGCGCGGCGGUGAUGCAGGUGGAGGCCGCGGUGUUCGCGCUGCUGAAGAGGUCCCUCCUCCUCGACGCCGCGCGCCGCCCCGUGCUCACCAUGCAGGACUCGGGGUACCUCAUGGGCACCAGGUGGGCCGUCUUCAGGGGGGACAGCACCAGCCGGAGGAACCUGCUCUUCAGGGUGGUGAAGUCGUCGGCGAUCCAGAUCAGGACCAAGAUCUACGUCUUCCUGGCCAGCAACGCCGGCGAGGAGGCGCCGGACUUCGUCAUCCGAGGCAGCUACUACGACGGCGCCUGCACCGUCUCUCCGGGCAACUCGGACGCUGCCAUUGCUCAGAUCACCCGCAGAAACAGUGCGCAACUGCUCGGUUUCGGGAGGAACAAAUAUACUGCGAGGAUCAACCCAGGCAUAGACCAAGCGUUCAUCCUUGCACUGACCGUGAUUCUGGACGAGAUGCACUAGAACGUUGGGAAUCCCUCUGUUUCUCAAGGAAGAAGACGUGACGACUAAAGAUCAGAUCGAUCCCUUCCCUUCAUGGCUUCAUGUUCGCUUUAUUGUAUGUUGUACUGUUGUGUGCAACUGUGCUGUAAGCAUUUCACUGCAUUUCAAGUGAUGCAUGUGAAGUGUAAACAUUGUCUGUAUGCCUCUGAAUGGUUUUUCUUCCCGUAUAUUCACAUGGAGGCAAAAAGAUUGGCCAUGUCAGCAAACAUUCACGAAGUCAUGAACUCAUGAUCUUCAUUUAGUCA